UUAAAAAGGCUUAUUAACGAUCAUACAUAUAGCCCCCGUCGUACCAAACUCAUGCGAUGCAGAAAUACAAAUACUAGGGCUUCGGAGAAUUCCCCAGCGCCGACAAUGGGGUCGCCGGAGAAGCGAUGCCUAUACGAGGUCCUCGGCCUUGGCCGUGACUGCACCGCCGACGAGAUCCGCUCUGCCUACAAGAAGCUCGCCCUCCAGCGCCACCCCGACAAACUGGUCCAGUCCGGCGUCCCCGAGGCCGAAGCCACGGCCUCCUUCCAAGAACUCGUCAACGCCUACGAAGUCCUCUCUGACCUCCGUGAACGCGCCUGGUACGACUCGCACCGCUCCCAAAUCCUGUUCUCCGGCUCCAAUCCCUCCAAUUCCUCCACCUCCAUCCCCAAUCUCUUCUCCUUCUUCUCCAACUCCGUCUUCUCUGGAUACUCCGACGCUAACAAGGGAUUCUACAAGGUCUACGGCGACGUCUUCAACACAAUCUAUUCGAGCGAAUUGAAUUUCGCGAAGAAGCUAGGGUUAGGGUUGGGCGCGGUUAAGGAGGCGCCGCUGAUGGGCAAUUUGGAGAGUCCCUACGCGCAGGUAACGGCUUUUUACAACUACUGGCUAGGGUUUGGGACAGUGAUGGACUUUUGCUGGGUGGAUCAGUACGACGCGAUGGCGGGGCCGAACCGGAAGUCAAGGAGGGUGAUGGAGGAAGAGAACAAGAAGCUGAGGAAGAAGGCGAGGAGGGAGUAUAAUGAGACGGUGAGGGGUUUGGCGGAGUUCGUGAAGAAGAGGGACAAGAGGGUGAUUGAUAUGCAGGUGAAGAGGAACGAGGAGAUGGAGAGGAAGAGGAUGGAGGAGAGAGAGAAGAGGAAGGAGAUGGAGAGGCAGAAGAUGGAACGGGCGAGGGCCUACGAAGAGCCUGAUUGGGCAAAGGUCGAGGAGGAUGGGGAUUUUGAGGAGGAUAAUGAGGUUGAGGAAGAGAAGAAGAGGGAUGGGAAGGAGUUGUAUUGUGUGGUAUGUAGCAAGAAGUUUAAGAGUGAGAAGCAGUGGAAGAAUCACGAGCAGUCGAAGAAACAUAAGGAGAAGGUGGCGGAGUUGAGGGAAGCAUAUGGGAGUGAGGAGGUUGAAGAUGAGGAGACAGGAGAUGAAGAAGAGGGGAAAGAAGAGGAAUUGGAAGGAAACGUCAAUGGACAUGGUCUUGUUUCUGCAGAUGAUGGGAUUGAUGAGCUAAGUGAGAAAUUUGGAGGUAGUUUCAGAAUUAACAAAUCAAACAGUGAUGGUGAUGUGCCUCAAUCAAGUGAGGAAGAAGAGUUUGUUGAUAUUGAAAAUGGUGGUGCUUCAAAAGGUGUGGAUGAAUCAUUUGGAUUAGAAAUGGAUGAUGAUGAAGCCAGUACUCUUGAAGCCAUGGUGUCGGGGCAUAGGCGUCGGAAAAAUGCAAAUUCAAUGCGUCAACCUAAAACCAAUGCUUCAUCCUCAAAUGUUCAUGGUGAUAAUGAUGAUGAGGAAAUGGAUUUUAUGGCAUAUAAUAACCAAAAGAGCGCUAGAAGGAAAAGAGGAACAAAGGGAGAGAUGGGUAGAAGAUUUGAUGAAGAAGCUGCUGCUACUCAUGGAACUGAAGUCAGUGGCAAGCUUGAAGGACAUAAUGGGGAUGAUGAAGGUUUGCAUGAAGACAAGAUUUCUUCCCAUGCUUUUGUGCUGAAUGAGAAUGGCAAAGGAGAUGGUCAAGUGGGAAAAGGUCAAAAGGCUCUAAAUGCCAAAUCAAAGAACUCUUCAAAAGGAAAGAAACAGAAGGCGACAUCAAAAAAUUUGGGCAGCAUAUGCGACACAUGUGGAAAGGAAUUUGAAUCGAGAAAUAAACUAUAUAAACAUCUGGGUGACACAGGACAUGCUACAUUGAAAUUUCGAUGACGAGUUGCUUGCUAAGAAUAGGAAGGAGCAACUUGUGACAGGUGACAGUCAGCAAAUGCAGCCAGCUAGCUAGAGUUUGCAAGUGAGCUUGAGUUUUUUUGGAGGCAGCCUCUUGCAUGCAGCAAACGCUGGUUACUCUUUGUACCAUGAACAUUUUGAGCAUUUAGAAGCAAGAGUUUUUUGUAUGAAUUGUUCUGAUUUUCUAUGCCAUGUUAAUAGAACAAUAUAAAGGAGCAUUGAGUAGCCUAGCAAUAAUAAUGACCCAAAAGAGAGGAUA